UGUGCGAGAGAGCGUCGGGUAAAGAUGGCGGCGGCGCAGCUAACGGAUGAGGAGCUUCUCUCAGAGUUGAAGCGACUCGGCUUUAUCCCAGGCCCGGUUACCGAGAGCACUCGGCCGGUGUACCUGAAAAAACUCAAGAAACUGCGGGAGGAGCAACCGCAGCAGCAGAGGGGGUCACUCGGAACCCGGGCGAGCAAAAGCAGAAACAGCAACACAGCGGCGGGAGCGGCGGGAUCCGGAGCCAGGCCAGCCCGCAGUGACGUCACCCACCUGAGCGCUGGCAGGAGCCCCGGCAGCUGCCCGGCUCUCAGCCCGAAGAGCUCCGGGCGAGCGGGCAAGCUGUUACUGGGCUUCAGCUCCGACGAGUCGGACGCCGAAAUCAACCAGAAUAAAGGCGGCCUAGUGCACCGCAGUGGUAGGAGAGAACGGGGCUCCGGGCAUCAUUUCCAGCAACACAGGCCUACAGCCACUAGCGGCAGCAGGAGUCAAGGAGGCGGCGUGAGUAGCAACACCAGUAAACCCUUUAAUAGUUCAGCGCUACCAGACGGGAAGACAGGCGGAGGGGGUGCUUGGUGGGGGCCAAAGGGUAAAUCGGCCACCGGAGUUCACCACCUCAUGCAUACCGAGCGAGGGGUUUACGGCGAGAAGGAGGAGGAGGAGGAGGAGGAGGAGGAUGAUUACGACGAAGAGGACCGGGAGAGAGGCAACCCGACUCUGAAUGGCAACAGUGCGUCUUGUGCAAGCAGCAGACAGCUAGCGGGGGAUUAUUCAGACUCUGACGAGGAGGAAGAGGACAAUCCAGGGAAGGAAAGACAUAUAGGUCGGCGGCUUGGCCCCAGACGGAGUCUCUCUAAAUCAGUGCUGUCUGUUAAUAAAAGUGCCAGGGGGAUGGACAGCGGCCAGGAAGGGACAGGAGGCGGUGUAAUCAUAAUAAAUGACAAGGCUGCCGCUGAGAGUCUAGACAUAGCCAGAGACCAAGAGGGGGAAAAGAAAGACCGCGGCGGCUUUGGAAUUGGUAGCGGGUUGCGGAACCGCAGCAGCUGUAGAAGCGAGUCCUGGCUCCUCUCCACCGCCAUGGGGGAAGGCACUGCAGACUCCUCGGCUAAUAACCAUGUGAGCAGCAACAACGGCGGAGGCGGCGUUAGCUCUGCGACAAAGGCGAGAUAUUCCUCUUACAACAGUGUCGCAUCGCCAGCCACCGCUUCCUUGUCUCCUCGGUCGAAUCACUCAAACCACACAGGCUCGAAUCAUGCUUACAGCAGAACCGGACCGACGAAAAAGCUGCCGGAGACCGAAGAGGAACUCUUGCAGCAGUUCAGAAGGGACGAGGUGUCUUCCACGGGGAGAUUCAGCGCCCACUACCUGUCCAUGUUUCUACUGACUGCAGCCUGUCUGUUCUUCGUUUUACUGGGGCUGACUUACCUGGGGAUGCGGGGGCAUGGAGGUGCAGAAGCAGACGUCGUUAUUAGGAGCCAUCCAUUUGGCAGUGACUUUGAUGCUCAGUAUGAAGACGAAGAAAAGUCACAAAUCCUGAACAUUUUACUUCGCCUACAUGACCAUCUGGCGCAAAUAGCAGGUGAACAUGACUGUGGUUAUCAUUUCCAUGAGAACAGAAGUCUUUCUGUCCAGGAAGCUUCAGAACUUUUAAUAAUUUCUAAUUGUAGUUAUAAAGAGAAAGUUUCCACUGCACUCGAGUGGAUUCUCAAAAGUGGAGAAGAUGUAGGGAUAAGGUUGAUUGGCAGUGAUCCUAAAGAGGAAGUAAACCAAGUUUCAGAUAUCAAGUAUCUCGAGUCCACUCAUCCCAACAUGUCCUUUAUCUGUCGUUUUCAACGUGCUUUUGUUACGGUCAUCAACAGAAUACUCAUUUUUCUCAUAGGUAUUGGAAUUGUGUGGGGAGUUCUUUGGUACAUGAAGUAUCGCUGGAGGAAGGAAGAGGAAGAGACCAGACAGAUGUACGACAUGGUGGAAAAAAUCAUAGAUGCAUUAAAAAGUCAUAAUGAAGCUUGCCAGGAAAGCAAAGACUUGCAGCCUUAUCUACCAAUUCCACAUGUGCGAGACUCCCUGGUCCAGCCUCAGGCCAGGAAGAAAAUGAAAAAAGUAUGGGACAGAGCAGUUAAUUUCCUCGCCACAAAUGAAUCUCGCAUUCGAACCGAAACACAAAGACUAGGAGGGGCAGACUUCCUGGUUUGGAGAUGGACCCAGCCAUCAUCUCCCUGUGAUAAAAUAUCCAUUAUGCCAUCCAAAGUAUGGCAGGGAAAAGCUUUCCCCCUUGACAAGAGAAACUCUCCUCCUAACAGUUUAACGCCUUGUUUAAAGAUCCGCAACAUGUUUGAUCCAGUAAUGGAAGUUGGAGAGGAUUGGCAUUUGGCAAUUCAUGAAGCCAUCCUAGAGAAGUGCAGUGAUAAUGACGGAAUUGUUCACAUUGCUGUAGACAAGAACUCGCGCGAGGGAUGUGUAUAUGUGAAAUGUCUCUCUGCAGAAUAUGCUGGCAAGGCUUUUAAGGCAUUGCAUGGCUCUUGGUUUGAUGGGAAGCUAGUAACAGUGAAGUACCUCCGACUAGACCGAUACCACCAGCGUUUUCCCCUGGCCCUGAGCUGCAACACUCCUCUUAAAGCGUCUAACACACACAUGAACACAAUGUCUCACCUGCGUCUGCGCACUGGCACAGUGAACUCGCAGGGACGCUCCUGAGAGUCUGCCUCCGAGUUGUGACUGUGUGCAGCAUUUGGGAUACUCCUGUGCAGAUGCCGUCUUCCUUUUUUACCUCUUGUGUUUGGUUUUCUAUGUAAACAUUUCAUUUAUAAAUAGACCUUUGGGGCCAUUUAAGGAAGGUGGAGAAAGUGUUUUGUUGGGAGUUUGGUAGCAUCCGAUGAGGUGGCUUAAGAAUUGAGCAGUCAACAACAAAAGCAAAGCACUUCGUGUAAUCUUGAUUAAAAGAAGCGUUGGAAUACAUCUUUGGUCGUAGAAGCUCUGCAUGAAGGACCUGGACUAAUUUUUUAUUUUUAUUUCUGUUUUUUUAUUUUUUUUGCUUGAUGCAGUGGAUAUAUAUGAAAGUUAGUAGUCUUUAUUUUUAAUACAAGUAAAAAUCAUCUGAAGAUUACCAAGGAGAUACAAGGCUUCUAAUUAUAAUUGCACAUUUUUAGAAAUCGUCCCCAAAUUAAAGUAUUUGCCAGCCUCUGAGUUGCUUUUUAGCUGCAUGAACUGGUUAAAAUAUUGCCCAUAUUUAAGCUUUUAAGUGUAUGAUUAUGUGGUUAUUUAUUUCCUACAAGAUGUUUGGGGUGAUGUAAUCCCCCAUAGUAGUGCAAGUAUGACUAAAAAAGGCACGCUCAACCACUUCGACGGGUGCUGAAGUAUGCAAAUGUAGAUGAUGGUGGUGCUGACAGCAGUAGCUUUUUUCCAAAUGUUUGUAUAAAAGCAAACAUAAGCUUCCUGUUUUCUGAUGUGUAAAUUUAAAUCCUACAGCCAGCACCCGUAUACAGAGGUGGGGGACAUGAGAUGAUACAGUACACAUAUAAAUGGCUGUAUAUGUACGGUAGAACUAAGUUACAGAAAUGAGCAAUAAUACUCAUGGUUGCUGGACCUUGAACAGUUUUGCUGGUUAACUUUCCAUUUAUUUACUGCCAUAGAGAUCACGUUACAUUUUUUCUUCAUUCCAUUUUGGAUACAGAUGACCACUACCAACAUGCAGUGUGUACUAUAAUUUAUUUCAAAUAACCUAUUUCCAACCACAUGCAGGUAUAACUAUAGGUGACUGGAACACAAACAAAUAACCUUGACCCAAUGUAUUGGCACACUAUUUUUAUUAUUUUUCAACUCGAAAGAAGCUGAACAUGUUUACAUAAUUCUCAAAACUGCAAGAAAGGAGCACUCCUUUUACUAUUUAAUCGAACUAACAAGAGAAAGGACAAGUGAAAUCCAGUCUGUUUGAGAUCUAAUGAGGUUAGCUGGUGAAUUCAGUUGAACUUUUAUUGUAGUUUGCAAGGUUGUGUAUUUAAAUCCUGUAAUCAAAUACUAUGAUGCAGAUGAGAACGAGAGGGUAUAUAUUAAUAAACUUAUGGUCACUGUUUAUAAACAUACUGUGUAGUUUAUGCUGGGUGUUUUGCAGCAUGAAUUUGUUCAGACGAUGCACAUUUUAAAUGUAAGAAACCUGAUGCACACUCCCCACAGCAAAGAACCUUACGGUGCCUUAACUUUUGUGCUUUUUUUAUUACUGGCACUGCAUUUCUUGAGUGUAUUUGGGUUUAUAAACUGUUGGAUGGUGAAACUUUUAAUCUGUUGUGUUCAUUGCACAGAGCUAAUACUAUGUAAAAGAAAUUCUAGCAAGGAAUCUUGCUGUAUUUUGUGUGCAUCAUGGUAAUGUUUAUAUUUUUAUAUGUUCUGGCCUGACUUUGCACCUGAAUUUUUUAUGACCUGUUGAUGGAGUGAAUGUAACGUUGAUGUGGUAUUUUCCAAGGGUGAUGCUUGAUUUAGCUGCAUCUUUUCAUUAAUUUUUUCCUGCUUCUGAUGUAUGUCAUGUAAACACUGUACACUUAUAUAAUUGUAAUGUACUAUUAUGCAGCUUACUUUCCAUAAACUGUUAAGUUGACCAAUAUCCCUACCUGCAAGACAGAUGGGAAGGUGUAUAAUAUCCAGACAUUUAAAGUUCAGAUGUUUUAUUGUAAUUAAACUUUGUCACUUGUCUUGUAAAAACAACUCGAAUUCAAGGUUUAUUAGGGGUUUUUAAUGGUGAGUCAUGUAUUAAAGAUUUUAAAAUUGA